UGACUGCGCUGCUCGCGUCCUCCAUCCAACCUCUCUGUCUGCAUGCAUCUACUCAAAAGCAGUGCAGUGCAGCGCAGGCAUAAAAGAAUCGCACACCCGCCCAAUCCCAGCAUCCAACGCCGUCCGCUGCUGGUUCAUCCGUUGUAUAAAACCCUCCCCCGCCGUGUCCAUCCAUCCAUCCAUCCAUCCGCUCUGUCCAGCAGAUUUCAUCACCUCUCUCUGCCCUGGCCCCUGCCCCCUGCUCUCCACCAAUUUGCUCUGCUUGCUCAUCGUCCGCAAGCAAGCAAAUUCUUCUCGAGAGAUCAUACAUCGUCUGCUUGCUCGUCGUCGACUGGUAUGAGUAGGAUGCCAAGGGCGGUUCGCCAGGUGGUGGCGUUCUUCCUGUGAUCGUCAUGAGAAGUGGCGCCUCGCGUAUCACUACAUACUGUUGAUGCAAGUUUGCCAAGUGAGGACAGAUCCUCGCGCACCACAAAACUAGCCGAAUACUUCAGUCGAAAUCAACACCAUUUUUCUCGAAUUCCCCACAAAACCCAUAAACAUCUCUAGGAGUUGAGCAGCUCGCAGCAGUGAAGUGAUGCAGGGAGGUCCAGGCUACGGGUACGGCGGCUACGGCUACGGUGCCGGCUAUGACAUGACCGGGUACGGCAACGGCGGAGCAUACUACACCAACGACCGGUACCCCACGCCGGCACCGGCGCCGGCUGCCUAUGAGGACCCGCUCGCCGGUCGGAGGCAGCACGACUUCCCGGCGCCGCUCACCGGGCUCGAGUUCCAGCCGUCGGAUGCCUGCCCCAAUAACUACGUCAUCUUUGAUCAGACCUACGACCGGAGCAGGGUCAUGUACAACCCGUCGCUGCCCAACAACUUCGGUUCCUCCGGGGGCUAUGACCAGCACGGCAACAACGGCGGCUAUGAUCACAACUACAGCGGCGGCCACGACGGCGGUAAAUGCUCGACUGGGCAGAAGGAGGACAGCGACGAGAUCGACGCGCUGAUGAGCUCUGGGGACGGCGAGGAGGAGGACGACGUGCUGAGCACGGGUCGCACCUCAGGGUGCCGCGGCGACGGCUCCCCGGACUCCACGUGCUCCCCCGGGUACGUGGUGAGCGUCAGCCCGAGUGGCGGCGGAGGUGGCGAGAGGAAGAAAAACCGGAUGAAGAAGAUGAUGAAGACGCUCAAGGGGAUCAUCCCCGGCGGCGACCGGAUGGACACCCCCGCCGCCCUCGACGAGGCCGUCAAGUACCUCAAGUCGCUCAAGGUGGAGGCCAAGAAGCACGGGGUGCGCGGAUCAAGAAGCUAGAUAGCGACCUCACAUGGCAACGCAGGGCGACUCAAUGAGCUCAAUGAUGGAGGCGGAAGACCGGGUAGUUUGGUGCUCCUUUUUGCACUGCCAGUGCCAUGAUUUCACCUCGUGGAGCUCCCGAGGAUCAGUGCAAAGGAAUGAUGAUGGAUGGUGUUGUAACUAUCAGGCCGAUUAUAUACACCGUGUUUUUGUUUAUCCCCGUUGGGCUCCGCGCUGCACAGUUGCUUACCAUGUUGUUGUCGUUGUUUUGCGCUUAGUGCUUUUUAAUAGUGUUUGUGUUUACCUAGGCACAUAUUACGAGAUCACUAAUCGAGGGCACCCUUUGCAAUGAUUAUUCCCACCUUGGGUUGAGCA